CACUCACGCGUUCGUCUUGCUUGUUACUUUUUUUUAUCGUUCUAAAAAGUUUCGUAUUGUUUAAAUAGUAAUUAUGAUAUCGAAACUGGACCCCGGUCAGUGCAAGCUGCACCAUGUGCAGUUUUACAAUCUUCUUCCGCGAGGAAUCAACUGUUUCGCUGUGAACAGAAGCAACAGCAAACUGGCACUGGCGAGGGAUGACGGUACCAUCGAACUCUGGAGCUUGGCAGGGGCACCGUUCCUAGAGAAAUCGAUCCCCGGCUGGGAGAAGGUUUCGGUGGAAGCGUUGGCCUGGGUCGGAGAUCGGUUGUUUUCCGUGGGGCUGGCGGGAACUUUGGUUGAAUGGGAUUUGCGAUUGCUGGCGGUAAAGAAUACUAUUCUGGUAACGGGGAAUUCCGCUUGGGCUUUGGAUGUUAGCAGAGAUGAAAAGAAAUUGGCCGUUGGAACGGAAGGCGGCUACAUCAAUAUCUAUAGUGUGGAGAAUGAUGAGAUCAACUACGAGAAGAUUUUGGAUAAGCAGGAAGGACGGAUUGUUUGCAUUCGGUUUGACUAUAGUGGAGAUUUCUUAGUGACGGGAUCGGCGGAUGCGGUCCGGAUUUGGAAUAUUAAGAAGGGGCACGCGGUUCACAAGAUGACGACAGGUCGCUCGAGUCGAGAUAAGGAAACGAUCGUUUGGGACGUUCUGGUGCUGAAGGACUUCACUAUAAUUUCCGGAGAUUCAAGAGGAAAGAUAAUGUUCUUCGAUGGAAAUCUGGGCACUGCUAUUGAUAGCAUUCCAGUGUCAAAAGCCGAUGUGUUGUGCUUGGCUAUUGAUGAUCAGGAGAAGACGCUUUACGUGGGAGGAGUGGAACCGAUUAUCAGGUUGUACCAGAGGGUUGAAGUCACGAAGGCCAAUGAAAAGGUCAAUAGUUUCGUUCGGACAUUGAACAGGAGAUUUCACACUCACGACGUCAAAUCGUUGACAAUGUUCCACAAUAAGCUGAUUUCGGGUGGCGUGGAUGGUACGCUGAUUGUCAGCUCUUUUCCACCUUUGACGGUGGAUAAGUAUUUGCCCUACCUGGAAACUCCAAGUAGCAGUAUGGCAGCGGAGAGUCGAAUGCUCCUGCUAAAAUAUGUCAACUAUUUGGAACUGUGGACGUUGAGCUCCCCUUCUGUCGAAAGCGAAAAGAUUUUGCAGAUCAGAAGCAAAUUGGAUGAACACAUUGUGGCAUGUGCCGUUUCUCCGAGUGGGAAAUGGAUCAUCUACUCGAGUGAUUCAACCGUUCGGCUGUUCCGGUUCGAAUAUCGAAGCGGAGGCCAAUCAAGGUUGAUUCGCCAGAGAACCGUACCGGAACAGUUUGAACCCUGCUACAGGGUUGAAUUCACAAAUGAUUCGAAGGGGGUUUUCCUAUUCAAGCGUAGCGGGGCGAUUGACUGUUUCGCUUUCAACAACGAAGAUGAUUUCGAUCACAAGCAGACCAUUGAAACGGGGAAAUGGUUCGCCGAUAGGGUGCACCUGACGGUUAUAUCCCAGGACGACAACUUCCUGGUUAGUGCCAGCCUGUGCGGUGCGAUAGUCGUAUUCAAGCGGGAAAAAUUCGGAAAAUGGAAACGGCUGACCACCCUGCCCAAGUACAAGCUGCCUCCAACGGCAAUUGCCAUCCAGCCAAAUUCCCCGAUCCUGGCGGCCGUCUUUCCCGAUCAUAAAAUCUUCCAGUACGAUUUCAGCGAGUACAAGUUCACCUUUUCGUCCUAUCUGAAGCUGAACAUGCUGGGAGUAACGGUGAACAAAGCCGUCACAGGGAUCGUGUUCGAUCCGCGGAACGAUGACGUGAUGAUUCUGCAGCACGAUUCCAGCUUGGUGGUGUCGCAGUUUGAGGAAAGCGAAGCCGAUCACACGCAGCGCAAGCGGAGAAACUCCGGCAAGGGCAGUGGCACUGAGGAGGAUGAAGGUGCCACCCCUCCCAGCCGGCGGUACAGUUUGAAGGUGCUCAAGAAGUACUCACGACUGGUCAGCACUUGCUGGUUGGGAAACGACGAGCUGGUGGUAGUGGAAGCGAAUCCCCUGUCGAUGGUGGAGCACUUGCCGCCGGCUUACCGGCGAAAGGUAUUCGGCACGGCGUAGGUUAGGCAAAUAUAGAGGCGUUUGUUUAAUUCGAA